AAUAAUAAUAAAAAAAAUUAAAUUAGAAAGCUACACCUACAUACACCUAUAUAACUAGAACUGAGAAUCUUGAAUGAAUCACAUAUUUUUCCAACUCUUCUCAAAAACCUCUAUUCAUUCAUAUCCUUUAACCUUACGUAGCUUGCAGGAAACAGGAAGACCAGUUAAUUAUUUACUUGGAGAUAUAAAUUAAAAUGGAAGCAUGCCAACGAUUUGUGAUACGUAGUAAAGAAGAUUAUGAAAAUGACACAGCCACCAGCGAUGUUGAUGGUGCCAAUGUUGAUACUACACGACCAGAAAUCGUGUUAAAGGUACUCGACAAGAAGAUCCUCUUGAACGUGUUUUGUGAGAAACGACAAGGGAUUUUGACGACGAUCAUUGAAGAGCUAGAGAAGUAUGGUUUGAGUGUUGUUACUUUUAGCAUGAUUCCUUUCGAGAAUACGGUCAUGGACAUUACAAUCGUUGCACAGAUGGAAACUGACCAGAAUUUGAAAGAUUUUACUGAAACUCUUCGCUUGGCUCUGGUUGUGGUUAGCCCUCAACACCAAGGACCAUAAAUAACACGGUAAAUGCGAUGGAAGGUUGACCAACCAUCUGAGAUUUCCUUUACAUCCAAACAAUGUAACAUAAUGGUUGAGACUUGAAAGUGUUACAAUAAAUAAA